CUGUUGUAGAACUAGAUGAAGUCACAGAUGAAACAGACAGUGUCCGAUCAGAAAGUCCCAGAGAUGAAACUAUUUUAGAAAGUGAUAAAGAAGCGAGAACAGCUGCUGAGAAGGAGAAGGAUGAAGAUACUACUGCUGUGGAGAAACCUUCAACACCUACCAAAGAAGCAACUGAGGAGCCAGCUGAGGAUGCUGAAAAAACAGAUGAAGUGAAAACUGGAGAUGAUGACGAGAAGGCUGAGGAAGAAGCUGAGCUUGCCAAAGAAGAUGAUACUACUGAGAAAGUGGAAGAAAAAAACGAAGAAGAAACUGGUGUUAAAGAGGAGGAGACGGCAGUGGUGGAAGGUGAAGGAAACGAUGAUGUCACACCUGCAGCGGAAUCUCCAAAACCAUCUGCAGAUGAAGAAAUCAAAGCAGAAGAUGAGAAAGUAAGUGAAUGGGACGGAGGCCACAGCCGAGGAAAAAGUGGCCACAGAUGUUGAGAAGGAAACCACAGUUGAGAGAAGGAAGCCUCGGCUGAUGAGAAGGAAGGUAGCUGAGGAGAAGGAAGCCAUAGCCGAGGAGAAGGAAGUCAGAGCUGACGAGAAGGAAACUGCAGCUGACGAGAAGGAAAUUGCUGCUGAAGAAAAGGAAACUGCUGCUGAAGAAAAGGAAACUGCAACUGAUGAGAAGGAAACCACAACUGUUGAUAAGAUGGUUGGUGAAUCUGAGAAAGAAUCUACUGAAAAAAAAGGAAUGGAACCUGAAUCAAAGGAAACCAAAGAAGAAAAAGCGACAAAUGAAACACAGGAAAAAAUAGAUGAGCAAACAGAAGGCCUGGCAACACCAAUAACAACAACCAGUAAGGAGUGUGAAGAUGAUGCCACUCUAGCCGUGGAGGACAAUGAGGAAAUACCAGUCAUCACUGCUACGGAUAGAGCUAGUGUCACAUUUGCUGAAGAAGCACUAUUGUUGAAAGAAAAGUCUAAAUCUGAUCUUACCAAGACCCAGACGCCUACAACUCGUAGUGGUUCUGUUGUUGCCAGCGCAUUUGAUGAAAACUAUCUCAACGUCUCCCAGUUUGUUCAGUUAAUUGAAUUGUUCCUUGGAGACGAGCCAAACAAACAGAGUUUUGAUCAAGUUUUGAGGUACAUCAAAAGUGGUUACGUGGAAACAGAAGAAGAAAAGUUGGCAAGAUUGAAAAAGGCUCGCCACGAAGCUAUGACUGCAAAACGUAGAACUCUUCUUGAUCUGGUGUUUGAAAAAUGGGAUAAUGAUGGAUCUGGAUAUCUGGAGCUGGAUGAAAUCUUACUGGUAUUGGGAAAAUAUAAGGAAAAUAUGGAACACGAAGCUAUAGAGAAAGCUAAGAAGACCUUAAGUAAAGAUGACAAACUGAGUAAAAGAGAGUUUCGUAAAUUUAUUGAAACCAUUUGUCGCAGUCUUCCUGGAGGUGAGGUGAACUUUGAACCGGUCAUUGAAUUCUUGACAACCAGUGUUGAGCGUUCAUACACAGAGCGUAUUCGUGGACAAGCACGUAAGAAAUGGUUAGCACAGAUCAUCAUAGCUGCUGAGACUGGAGGUGCCAGUAUGGAUCCUGUCUACAAAGCAGUCUUCCAAGCACUCUACAAAGAUGCUGAGAGCCAUGGUAACGGAAAACGUAUCAGUGCCAAUGUGGCAUUGUUAGAAAACAAUGAAGGCAAUCCAUCCAGAGGCACUCAUGUACUGAGGUACUCUGCUACCACGCAGGAUGAUGCAGGUUUUAUGCUUGGUAAAGCACUCUACAAAGAUAUGAAAGGAAUAAGCUUUGCAUCUGUAGAAAGUGGAAAACCAAUCCAUGUACCUCGUGUUAAAAACCAUGGCAACAUACACUUCUGGAAUCCUGAUAGAUAUGAGGAGGAAAGAGAUGGUUCAUUGAUUGUUGUGCCUCUUAAAAAUCAAGAGAAGCGUGUCUUUGGUUUGAUGGGUAUUGACACUCUAGCAGAUCCACAUGCUAAAUCUAUCUUUCUUACACAUGAAAUCAGCUUCUUUCAGGGAGUUGCCAAGGCCUUUUCCACUGCUUUCAAUCAUGUGGACAUCAGACGUAAAACCCUGAGAAUAGCGGAGAGUGCGUUGUCAUGGAUACACAGAAGAAGUCCAAGUGUGUUUGAAAUUAACGUCUACAUGGUGGAGCCAGAUGAAAAGCUCUUGCAAGCUCUUCCUCUGAAAGACAAGUUUAAGAUAUUUCCCAUUAAAACUGCUCUCAAGCAACAAGAUUAUGUGUUACGUAAAAUGAUUACUACUAACAAGCUAGGACAGGUAACUGUACAUCCCAAACCAUUGAGACUUGAGAGAAAAGACAAUCUCUUCCGGGACUAUUUAUUCCGGUGUGUUGACAACUCAGAGACUGUCACAGCUGAUGCCUACGGUGAACGUCACACAUCGUUUCCAUUGCGUGAUAGUGAUGGUCAUGCUGUCGCUAUUAUCGAUAUCAGCAUUGGACAACUUCGCCAGCUGCCCUCACAUGAAAAUAAAGAAAUCCUUUAG